AUGAAUAAUAACAUCCCCACGCAUCAUUCCACCAAGUACGAUACCAAGAUGAUGGACUUGAGAGUUGGUAAGAAGUACCGCAUCGGACGCAAGAUCGGUUCGGGAUCCUUUGGUGACAUCUACUUGGGCACCAAUAUCAUUUCCGGCGAGGAAGUGGCUAUCAAGUUGGAAAACGUUAAGGCCAAGCACCCCCAGUUAGAGUACGAGGCUAAGGUAUACAAGGCCUUGAGUGGAGGCGUUGGAAUCCCAUUUGUCAGAUGGUAUGGAACAGAGUGCGAUUACAACGCCAUGGUCAUCGAUCUCUUGGGCCCCUCUUUGGAGGAUUUGUUCAAUUACUGUAACAGAAAAUUCACCUACAAGACGGUGUUGCUUUUGGCGGACCAGCUCAUUUGCAGAAUAGAAUACAUCCAUGCUCGUUGCUUCAUCCAUAGAGACAUCAAGCCAGAUAACUUCUUGAUGGGAAUUGGAAGACGCGGUUCGCAAGUCAACGUUAUCGAUUUUGGUUUGGCCAAGAAGUACCGUGAUCCUAGAACCCACUUACAUAUCCCUUACAGAGAGAACAAAAACUUGACUGGUACUGCAAGAUAUGCGUCCGUCAACACUCACUUGGGUAUUGAACAGUCCAGACGAGAUGACUUAGAGAGUUUGGGUUAUGUUUUGAUUUACUUCUGUCGUGGUUCCUUGCCCUGGCAAGGUUUGAAGGCUGCUACAAAGAGACAGAAGUAUGACAGAAUUAUGGAGAAGAAGAUGACCAUCCCCAAUGAUGUAUUGACGAAGGGAUUGCCCGGCGAGUUUUUGGAGUACAUGAAUUACAUCAAGAACUUGCGCUUCGAUGACAAGCCUGAUUACCCAUACUUAAGAAAGUUGUUCAGAGAUUUGUUCAAGAGGGAGAACUAUAGAUACGACUAUGUUUUCGACUGGACCUUGUACAAGUUCCAGCAGGAAAGACAAAGGGAACAAUUCAAAGUCGCCGAUGGCCAAAAUGACCUGAACCAACAGCAAUCUGGCAACCAGCAAGCUCAGCAGCAAGUCAUACAACAACAUCCUUCAACAAACCAGCAUGCAAGCAUCAACCAGAAGGUUCCUCAGUCUGUGCAGCCACAAUUGCACCAACAACAGCAACUCCAGCAACUGCACCCACAGAUGCCCCAGACUAGACAGGUUGACCACAAGCCGUACAACGACAACAUGCAGAAUAUUCAGUCCGGAAGAUUCAAUGAAGGAAUUUAUCACCAGCAGUAUGAUCAGGGUGAGCAGCAGCAUGCAUCGAAACCCGGAGCCAACCCAGCCUGGAUUUGA